AGAUUUGUCUUUGAAUUUAUAUGAGGGACAGAUCACUGUUCUUCUGGGACCUAAUGGAGCAGGAAAGACUACUACCUUAUCUAUUCUCACAAGUCUCCUUCCUUUUACCAGAGGAAAGGUCUGUAUUAAUGGAUAUGACAUCUCAACAAACACAAUUCAAGCUAGGAAAAUCAUGGGCUUUUGUCCCCAGGAUAACCUGUUGUUUAAGAAGUUGACCCCAUCAGAACAUCUUUAUUUCUACAGUGUGGUAAAAGGAGUACCUCCAGAGAAACGUUCCAUAGAAAUUAAGAAAGUGCUGACUGAUUUUGGCCUGUUACAUGUUUGUAAUGUGCUUUCAAUGAAUCUGAGUGGAGGAACAAAGCGCAAACUCUCUCUCAGCAUAGCACUUCUGGGGGACUCCAAGGUAGUGAUACUUGAUGAGCCAACAGCUGGCAUGGACCCAGUUUCAAGGAGAGCUACCUGGGAUAUCCUUCAGCAGUAUAAAGAGAGUCGUACAAUCUUACUGACUACCCAACAAAUGGAUGAAGCUGACAUCCUGGGUGAUCGCAUUGCCAUCAUGGUCAAAGGGACCCUGCGGUGCUGUGGCUCUCCAGUUUUCCUGAAAAGAAAAUAUGGUCUCUCUCAUUUUGAUCCUUCUUUGGAUGCUAAUACCUUAAUAAUAUAUUCUAAAAUAAUUUUCAUUAUUGUUUCUGUUUCUCUACACAGAUCUUUAAUAGCAAUCUAUGUCCUAUCGCACUAG